CCAGGCCUACUGGCUUCUGGCAGCUUCCUGCCUUGCUUCAAUAUGGCAUCUGACGGUCCCGAUCCACAGAGCCUCAAGACCUGGGAAGAUGCAUUUCAAUACUCAAUUCCCACCGUGCGCCGUCUGGAGCAAGAGCUCCGCCGCGACGUUGCGAGCAAUAAGGAGAAGCUCCGGGCUCUUGUUGGUACCAGAUAUCGAGAGCUUGUCGGGACGGCCGAGACAAUUGUGGCCAUGAGCCGCAACAUGGAAGAAGUGGAUACGACCCUGGGCGAUAUUGGACGACGAUGCAAUCCGCGUCUGGUGGGUAAGAAGUAUACACAUCUGAAUCGGAUGGAAAAUAAUAAAACGACGGCUCAAGAUGCGACUAAACGCGCUCUUGGAGCUCAGCUGGCGCUACUUCAUCGGUGCUCGGUGCUGAUAUCGAAAAUGUUGAGGAAGCGAGGAUCGCCGCUUCUGAUAGCGAAACUGCUGGUUAUUUCUCGCCUUCUGCACAAGUGCCUUUCUGAGCAGAAGUCUGUGCCACCGUUCCUGGAGACUCUGCGCAACCAGCUUGCUUCUCUCAGGCGCGGUCUCCGGAGCCGGAUCAAUAAACUCUUGGCUAGUGCCAAGUCCACCAUUGACGAGGUAAUUGAAGCUCUCGCCGCAUACUGCUUAUCUACGAGCUCCUCGUCAGACGAUGCUGUUGCCUACUAUCACAAGGUCCGCUUAGACGUGAUUGGGAACCAGCUGGAUAAUGCCAAACCUUCAGGCGAGAACAUCUUGGCUGCCUUACGUCUUUAUAUCCAAACCCUGCAGUUCUCAAAAACCUUGCUUUCCCGCCGUUUUACGGACGUGCUGGGUAAACUGAAAUCUCGAUCUUUGUUUACCGAUCCCGACAUCCGCAAUAUCGACGAGCUCUCACUGGAUGUGUUGGGCCGCUGGGUGGCUACAGACAUUUUCAACUUUACUCCAUGGAUCAAGCUGAAUGAGCAAUCCAAGCAAGAUGCAGACAGAGCAAUCAAGAAGUGGUCGAAGGGUGCUUUUGAGGAGUUUGUGCGCCGCAGUCAGGACAGUCUCAAGACUUGGGCGGAUUUCUCACAGCUGAUUCAACUUCGCAAAGAAACGUUGGGGCUCUGGCUUUGCUCCUGGAGCUCAACGACUACCCAUUCUACCUUGCAAGUUUUGGAAGGCAUUCGAACCGUUUUUAACAGCCGCCUCAAGGACAUACUAUUGGAUAAAGCCAAGGAUCUAGGUACAUUUGGCCAAGCUGUUGCGUCCGCACUUUCAGGUUGGGAUGGAGAUCAUGGUAAAACUCAGUCCCUGUGGGACCACGAACUGCUCUCCCUUGACUAUACCAAUGGCGCAGCUGCUUUCAGAGAAGCCAUCACGGAUAAACUACUUGGUCGAGAUGCAGAAAUUUCUAGUGCAACAAAGGAGUACCAAAUGUGGCUUUCCACAAUCCGCACACUCAGGGAAGCUGUUGAUGCUCUACGGGAAGUUCGAUGGCCUGACAUACUUGAAGAGGCUGCGGAUGAAGAUCUCGACUUAGACGUCACAGCGAUAUUAAACGAGGAUGAUAGCCAGCUGUUAAGGAAUGCACUUGAAGCGGCUGUUCGACAGUCUUUCGAUGCUCUCCAGGGUUCAUUCGCCGACUCCCAUAAGAAUAUUGGGGAUUCGGGAAGAGGAGAGAAAGCGGCGUUCAUGCUGAAACUUGUUCGACUCGUUCGGAGAGACCUUCCACAUGAAUUCAUUCCGAAAGAUACAGAAUUUUUCAAAGACAUCAUCCCUGGACUGCAAGAAAUACUUGCGGCGGAGGUUAUUGCUGAUACCCGGCCGUUGUCAUUUGCAUCCUCUGUGAACCCCCAAACCAUGACCCCUGCUGGGAGAUUGCUUUGGGAAGGCGAUCCUGAGCUUCCUGUUCAGCCAUCGCCUGCUACCUUCAAAUUUAUGCGCAGGAUACUGGAGUCUAUGGGCCGGCAUGGCCAUGGGCUCUGGGAUAUGUCGACCGUCUGUGUUUUUCAACGUGCUCUACAGAAAGACGUGGCACGGCGAAUUACCGCGUAUCUGGACGAUAUAGACUCUCCAGCGGAUUGGGCUAAGCCGGAGGACGAAAAAGAAACACCGGUCCAGAACGGAAACAGCCGAUCUGUCGCACCGACCGAAGCACAACUCCAUGAUAUCAAGUUACAGCUUUACUUCGAUACUAUCUUCCUGAACAGUGCGAUGGUCGACAAAGCCACGCAGCAAAGUUCAUUGCAGGAGGUCGCCGAGAAGCUUCGAAACAGCUUUGGCUCAGAUGCGGGAUCAAUUAGCGAGACCAUGGAUCAGAGGGCACAGGAGUAUUGGCACCGAACACGGCUACUGUUCGGAUUAUUAGCGGCUGACGCUGCUCAAUUGUAG